AUGCAUCUUUGUGAUUUAAUAACGUUUCGCUAAUGAGUUAUUGAUCCCGCGAGAUAGAAUGUGUGAUUCUUUCCAACUUUACGUCUUGCAUACGUCAUGCAGUGUUGCGUCAACUUGAGUUUUAACUUUCACUUUUGAUCUUGGUUUGAAGUGCAGCUGCUCCGAGCGUUCUCUGUUUGUCUCUUUUCUCACUUCGACAGGAAAUAAAACCGGCAACGAAAUACAGAAGAGGUCAUGGCUGACUUCUGCGAUACCCGCCCGAUGAACGGCCAGACGGACGGUGGUCUGGAAGAGGACGCCAGCGGGUUGGAGGAGGCCAGGAAAGAGCUGGAGACAUGGAAGGCUAAAGCAGAGCGAGCUGACGAUGUGAAAGCCAGGCUGAUAUUGGAAAAGCUGGAAGAAGACGACGCCAAGGCGCAGGCCCAGCAGGAGAUGUUGGCUUACGUUAAAAAGCAGGAGGAGUGUCAGAAGGACUUCAGUCAAAGCAUGGAUGCAGUGCAGGACGAGAUCCGGCAGCUGGCUCGCCGCAAAAAGGACCUGCAGGACAAACUGAAGAGAUGCCAGGAUCAGCUGGAGGCCAGGAGGGCUGAGUCCACCAAACUGAAGCAGAAGUUCAAGAUCUACGCUCAGAUCCCAGACACAGAGGUGAAGUUCAGUGCUCGGGUUGAAGAGGAGGAGGAGGAUGGCGACAGCCAGCCAAUCAGAGCAGUGUUUGCCAUCAGCCAGAGAGCCGGCGUGCUGCUGCAUGGAGGACAGGCGCUCAUCACCUUCGAGGAGGAGAGAGUGGCCUCCCAGGUCCUGAAGAUCGCCAAGUGCUCUGUGUCCUGCGAGGACAUGACUGUGGAGGUGAAACCAAAAAGAAUAACCAUGGAUCCUGCUGUUAAGUUUGAGGUGCACCUCGAUGUGUCCAGAAAGGAGCUGAAGCUGUCCAACGUCCCCCCCUCCAUGCCGGAGGAGAGGGUAGCGGACCGGCUGGAACUGAGCUUCUCCAGGCCCAGCAGAGGAGGAGGAGAGGUGGAGAGGGUGGAGUACGAUCAGAACACGGGGACAGGACGGAUCACCUUUCUCUGCCCAGGAGUGGCUAACAGCCUGGCCCUGACAGGAAGUUACCGUGUGGAUCUGGAUCCGGAGGUGACGGUCCAGAUCGGCCCCAGUUACAGUUACCAGCUGCGCAAGUUUCAGACCUUCUGCGGCGCUCCGAAGCGCACCAUCCUCCUGGAUGACAUCGAGGACAAGGAGGACGAGGAGGACCUGCAGGACCACCUGGAGAUCCACUUCCAGAAGCCCAGCAACUAUGGCGGGGAGAUCGAGAGCAUCAAGUACAUCAGCCGGGGGAAGAAGGCUCUGCACGCCCUGUUCAACGAGGGCCGCCUCUAGCCUGGAGCCUGUGUAAUGGCAAUAAAGAUAUAUUCUAUUCUAUAUAUUCUAUAUUCUAGCCAUCGGUUCCUGCCAUCGUUUGUAAUAUGCUAGUGUAUGGAUAUGUUAUGGGAAUUAAAUGUGCUGUCCUGCUGUGAAUGAAAUAAGAUGUCCAUCUCUAUGUCUUUGGUUCUAUGUGUUGAUCCUAUGGGUUGAUUCUAUGUGUUUGAUUCUAUAUCUUUGAUUCUAUGGGUUUGAUUCUAUGUGUAUAUUCCAGAAAGGCACUGGUCUGUGACCUGUAGGAUUGUCCAGCCAGUCUGAUCUUAUUGUAGACCCGGCCUGGGUUUGGUUGCAGCUGAAUGCUGCUGUGUUACCACAGCGCUGUAGGGACGUGGGGGACACAGCUGGCCGCUGAGUCAUGUGAUCAUACCCAGAUGUUCCCACUCUGUUCAUCUGUUUCUCUUCCACUGUACACUGAGCUCAUUAAAGGUCUGACUCAAUCACCGCAA